UUCAAUCAUGGCAGACGACAGAACCACGAUUUUCAUCACUGGAAAGAACCUGACACCGGAACAAUUAAUGGUCCUUGGAAAGGGUGGUGCAAUCAUUAAGCUGUCAGCUGAUGCAUUGUUAAGUGUCAAACUAUCGAAGAAGGUUAUAGACGAUAUACUGGAAGACGACACCAAAGUAAUAUAUGGCGUAAACACUGGAUUUGGAGAGCUGAGAUCAGAAGUGAUCCCAAGAGACAAACUUUGUGAACUACAAGAAAACCUUAUCCGAUCACAUGCAUCUGGAGUAGGAGAGCCGCUGAGUCCGCAAAAGACACGUAUGUUGAUGGCGAUUCGAAUCAAUGUACUGGCCAGAGGAAACAGCGGAAUAUCUGUUGAAACAUUGGAACGUUUCAUAAACGCUUUCAAUGCAUCCUGUUUAUCGUACGUUCCCGAAAAGGGCACAGUUGGUGCUUGUGGUGACCUGGCACCGUUGGCACAUCUGUCGCUAGGAAUGAUGGGAGAAGGAGACAUGUGGAACCCAGAUACACAACAGUUUGGUAAAGCAAAUGAGGUACUGGAAUCGCAUGGACUGAAGGCGAUAGAACUUGGCCCCAAAGAGGGUUUAAGUCUCAUCAAUGGUGCCCAGUUGAUAACAGCCAUUGGAAUAUUAGCUUUGGAAAAAGCAAAAGCUAUUGCCAGACAAGCCGAUGUGGUUGCAGCCAUAACUUUGGAUGUGUUCAAAGGCACCGACGCUGCUUUUGACGCUGAUAUCCAUGCAGCAAGACCACAUACUGGUCAAGUGAAAGUAGCACGCAGAUUUAGAUCGCUCAUCCAUUCCGAGGUGUUUCCUUCCGAGAUAUUUGAGCAUUAUGAGUCACACAAGAAGGUUCAAGACAACUAUUCGCUCAGAUGUAUCCCACAGGUCCAUGGUAUUGCGAAUGACACAAUUGACUUUGUUGCCGGAAUUCUGACUACCGAAAUGAAUUCUUCAACCGACAACCCUUUGGUAUUCCCUGAGAGGCAUGAAAUCUUAUCAGGAGGCAAUUUCCACGGAGAGUAUCCGGCAAAGGCACUGGACUACUUGGCAAUUGGUAUUCAUGAAAUUGCUAAUAUGAGCGAACGUAGAAUAAAUAGAAUGUGUAACCGAAGUAAGUACGAGAUUCCUGCAUUUCUGGUCAAAGAUAGUGGUCUGAAUUCGGGUUUUAUGAUCGCUCAUUGUACUGCUGCGGCUUUAGUGUCUGAAAAUAAAGUGUUGACGCAUCCAUCGUCCGUGGAUUCCAUCUCAACCAGUGCUGGGUCCGAAGACCACGUAUCAAUGGGUGGAUUCUCUGCAAGAAAGGCGCUGACCGUGGUAGAACACGUGGAACAAGUUAUUGCCAUUGAACUACUAGCUGCUUGCCAGGGACUUGAAUUCUUGAAACCUUAUAAGACUACUAAACCAUUACAGGCUGUUUAUGACUUGGUGCGUACAGUGGCUAAACCUUGGGUUAAAGAUCGUUUCAUGGCUCCUGACAUUAAUGCUGUCACAAAACUUCUGCAAGAAGAAAAGAUAUGGGCGUGUGUGGAGCCAUAUAUCCAACAUUACAAUAAAACUAUGGGUUGAACUGGCGUCAUCAACGCCGACCUUUGUGAAUGACGUCAUAAUGCGUACAUGUAGGAAGCGAAGACGUUAUCGUGCUAUAUAAAUAAUAUGCUAUUGUUAAACUAUUUGAUUAAUACAUUCUGUAAUAUAUAUAUAUGGCUAAUGAGAUUUUAAAUGAACAGAAAUAUGUUAAUUAAUUUGAUUUGAUGUGAAACCGUAUACAUGGUGAGAUUUCAACAAAACAAUGUAUUUGUGUGUGCUUUGUGAAUGUAAACAGAUCAACCGAUAGAUUUAAUAUUAAAAUAUAUUUACAUAUUAUAUACAUAACUAAAUCCGGAUAAAGCAGUUAUUGUGUUAUUUUUGGAACUAAACAUUAUCAAUGUAAAAUAUCAAAUUAUGUGAUACCAAGAUGGCUAAUGCAUUUGUUUAACAUAAAUGGCUAACAUUUAACGUGCUGAUCUGAUGCCAGAUGUGUUGGUGGCGUAUAUUAAGCUUGUUGUUGAUAUUAAAUAUAUGUUUGUGUCACAGUAAAUGGAAAGAUCGCUAUUGCUGAUCGGUAAGUGAUUUGUUAUCGGACUUUCGCAUGCCGGUUUGCAAAAAUGUAAACAUAUGACAGUGCGACGGUCUGUACUUGAGCAAAUUGUAAUUUGUAAUUUUAAAUGUUAUCUGAAUAAAAUACGAUAUUUAAAGU